AUGGCGUCUUUCGAACUGGCGGUGACCUUCCUCGCCAGGAAGCUGCAGUUUAGCGCGCAUGAGUGCGGUCAAAAUGUGAUUGUCGCGCCGGCGCAGACAUUUAAAAAGUAUCGCAUCGAGCAUGGCUCCACAGUGCUGCUGUCAGACACAAGUGGCGGCCGGGUGGUUUGCGCUCAGCUGCGCAACGCCGUGGAGCACGGGAUGGAGUAUUCGUUCCUCAAGGCCCCCAAGAUGCUCGCGUCGGAAGAGCUUAUACUAAGCCUGGGCGCAGCUGCGAAUACGCCAAUAACCCUAAGGCUUUCGCCCUGCGAGCAGGUGCCCGUGGCGAAAAGCGUGACCAUGACGUACAUGGAACACUUCGAUAGCAAGCUGGCUUGCUGGAAGGUACCUAGUACUCAAGAGGAAGACGCUAUCGAUGCGAGCGGCGGCAAAUCCGGCGCUGCAUUCCAUCGCAAAUAUAUGGACUGGAGCCACUCCGAUAGUGCGGGGGACAACGCGUUCCCAACCGCCAGGUGGUGGUACUCCUUUCUGAAGGGGGACAUGAACCGUAUGGCGCAGAUGAGUGUCUUGGGUGGCGCUUUUGCACAAGGGAACGUGGUGGCGCUCAACUUGAAAGGAGUGCUUGCAAGGUUCAAGGUGGCCGACAUAGCCAACGAUGACAAGAAAAGGGGGGGGAGGGUCGGCAGGGUCACCGAAAGCACCCAGCUGGCGUUAAAGCUGCCCAGGAACGAGCGUUUAUCGCAGCCGACGCGCGCCCUACAGCAGACGCAGAGGCUGGAGGGGCUCCGGGAGCCCCUGGACACGCUGAGGAAGCAUGUGGUGUACCCCUUGGUCUACAGCGAAAAAUACGCUGCCAUGGGUAUAUUCCCGCCGACAGGGGUUAUCCUGCACGGCCCGCCGGGAUGCGGAAAGACGAUGAUCGCGAAGGCGAUGCGCGAAGGGUUCGGCGAGCUUUUCGGCAUCGCGGAGCACGUGGACGUGGAGGUCAAGCUGGUGCAAUCCAGCGACCUCAUCAGCUCGGUGGUAGCCCGGACUGAAGAGAACAUAGCGGACCUGUUCAGGUCGUGCGAGAAAGCGGCCAGGGAAAAACCCUGUAUAUGCUUCAUUGAUGAAAUUGACGUGCUGUGCCGCAAAAGGGACGGGUCCACGGAGUUCAACAUGCGGAAUGUGACGACCUUUCUCAACCACAUGGACGGUGUGGGAUCGCAAACUAAUGCGCACUCGCGCGGCAGGAACUACGUCAUCAUAGGAGCGACGAACGAUGUGGACUCGAUGGACGCUGCUCUCAGGAGGCCGGGCAGGUUUGACCUGGAGAUAGAGGUCGGGGUGCCUAACUCAGCGGAUAGGCUGGCGAUACUGAAAUCGAUGCUCAAAGAUAUACACCACAACCUCGAAGAGAAGGAUAUACUGCAUGUCAAUGACUACUGCCAGGCGUUUGUCGGUGCCGACCUCAAGCAGCUGGUGGCGAACGCCUCUUGGGCGAGGUUGAACAAAACCCAAAAUCAACGUGGAAGCACUGAAAGCGUUGAUGGUAGUGAUGAUGGUGGUAGCAAGACUGCUGGUGACGGCGUUGAUGGUGGUAGCAAGACUGCUGGUGAUGAUGGCGUUGAUGGUGGUGGCAAGGCUGGUGGUGAUGCCGUUGAUGUUGGUAGCAAGGCUGGUGGUGAUGCCGUUGAUGUUGGUAGCAAGGCUGGUGAUGAUGGCGUUGAUGGUGGUAGCAAGGCUGGUGAUGAUGGCGUUGAUGGUGGUAGCAAGACUGCUGGUGACGGCGCUGGUGAUAGCGAUGAUUCAGGAGCGGUACGCGACGAGCCUUUGCAAGAAGACCUUAAGGGGGCUGAAGUCCCGCACUGCGUCACCCUGGAGGAUUUCAAGGAGGCGCUCAACAUCACCCGCCCUUCAGCGCUCAGGGAGCUCUACGUGCAGAUCGCCAAUGUUAGGUGGGAUGACAUUGGCGGUUACGACGACGUCAAGAGGAUACUCAAAGAGUGCGUUGAGUACCCGCGGACGUACAGCGAGGCGUACGAAAAGAUGCGUGUUCAGACACCCAGGGGCGUCCUCCUCUACGGGCCGCCGGGGUGCUCCAAAACCCUCAUGGCCAAGGCCGUGGCGACCGAGAGCCACAUGAACUUCAUAUCGGUUAAAGGCCCCGAACUGUUUUCGAAGUGGGUGGGGGAGUCGGAACGAGCUAUCCGGCAACUCUUCCGGAGGGCCCGCACGAAUGCACCCUGCGUCAUAUUUUUUGACGAGAUGGACUCCAUAUCGUUCAGCAGGGAGCUUUCCGAUUCCGGAGGCGUGAGUAGCCGCGUGCUCAGCCAGCUACUCAACGAAAUGGACGGCAUUAAUUCACUGAAGCAGGUGCUGGUCAUCGGGGCCACCAACAGGCCGGACCUCAUGGACGCGGCACUGCUCAGACCAGGCAGGCUGGACCGUCUCGUGUACAUACCGCUGCCGGACGGCGAGGCGCGCAAACGCAUUUUCAGCAUUUACCUCAAGCGGCUGCCCACCGACGGGUUCGACAUAGAGCGACAGGCGGAAGAAUUCGCUAAAUGCACGGAGGGAUACAGCGGCGCAGAAAUCACGCUGGUUUGCAGAGAGAGUGCCAUGGCAGCCCUCCGGGAGCUCAUUAGUCGCGACGCGGAGGCGAAGGCAGCAUCAGGCAGCCGCACCGACGAUAAACGCGACGACAGCACACUGGAAAACGCCUUUGGAAAUCUUAAGGUAUCAAAAAUAGUGCCUGUCUCAGUUCGGCAUGUGCGUGAUGCCAUCGCCCGCGUGAAACCGCGAACUAAGCCGGAGACCAUACGGUUCUACGAGCAGUACAAGGCCAGGAACCCGUUCUAG